UGGUAAAUAGUUUGUCAUGGCGGACGUGGAAAAUGCCGAUAUCGAAGAAGCUGUGGCCCCAGAUGGCCAAAAGCAGGACAAGGAUGAGCCUGAACCACAACCACAACCUACAGCAGAAAAACCAGUAGCGAAAGUUCCUUCCCUGCCUGCAGCUGCACCUCCCAAACCCAGGCCCAAAAAAGCACCAGAGCUGCCGGUGUUUGAGCGACGGAACUGGCUGAUUCACCUGCAUUAUGUGAGGAAGGAAUUCAGUACAUGCAAGUCCCUCAUCAAGGAGCAGCUGGCUGAAAGUGGGGGCAUGUGUGAAUAUGCUGUGUAUGUGCAGGCCCUGAUUCUGAGACAGGAGGGCCGUAUACAGGAGUCCCUAGAGAUGUUUCAGACAUGCACGCUACUCAACCCACAAAGUGCUGACAAUCUGAAGCAGGUGGCCAGGUCACUGUUCCUGCUGGCGCGACACAAGGCCGCUAUAGAUGUGUACACGGAGGCAGCCCGACUCAGCAACCGGGACUGGGAGAUCUAUCACAACCAGGGUGUGUGCUAUAUGUACCUUCGUGACUUCCCCAAGGCCAAGGAAUGUUUGAAGCAGGCCAUUGAGUGCCGGCGUCAUGAAAUCUCUUACGUCAUGCUGGGGAAGAUACACCUGAUGGAGAAUGACAUCAAUGCUGCUAUAGAGGUGGGCUACAACAUUAAUUGAGUGCUCUAUUCCUCUGAGAACCCAGAUCUACUGACGACUCUUGGCCUGCUAUACAUGCAGAUCGGACAGUACCAGAAAGCCUUUGAGAAUCUUGGCAAUGCCAUGACCUUUGACCCAACCCACACAAAGGCCAUAAUGGCUGCUGGGAGUAUGAUGCAAAGUCACUCAGAUUUUGAUGUUGCCUUGACAAAGUACCGGAUCGCUGCUGUCAACACCCCUGAGAGUCCCCCACUCUGGAAUAAUAUUGGCAUGUGCUUCUUUGGCAAGAAGAAGUUUGUGGCGGCCAUCAGCUGUUUGAAGCGAGCCAGCUACUUGGCGCCAUUUGACUGGAAGAUCCUGUACAACCUGGGACUGGUGCACCUCACCAUGCAGCAGUACGCCUCUGCAUUCCACUUCCUCAGUGCCGCCAUUAACCUCCGACCCAAGAUGGCGCAGCUCUUCAUGUUGUUAGCCGUUUCGUUGACCAACCUUGAGGAUCCUGAGAAUGCUAAACAAGCCUAUGAGCAGGCAAUGACACUAGACGGUAAGGACCCAGCCAUCCCUCUCAACUACGCCGUGUUCCUGCUCAACACUGGAGACCGGAGGUCUGCUCAGAAGAACCUGUCCCAGUUUGAACAGAGGGUGAAGAACUACAAGUCAGGCGUGCCCAUCGAUCAAGAGCUGAUGGACGUAGCCAGCAAGAUGGGGCCCCUGCUACAGGUAGGGGACAGCCUCACCUGGAAACAGGGGGCAGCUGAACCCAAGAAAGAAGCAAAACCAUCCGUCCCCGAGAAAUCUACACGUCCAACUUCAUCUACAUCCGACCCUGUUGUCAUCCCUCAGGCAGGACCUCGACCUACGACCUCCUCUGCCGUGGAGGCCAGUCUGUCAGCUACUCCUUUACCUGACCUCGACAAGGAACCGCCCAAUUUGAAACCAGACAUACCUUAUGAAUCAGAGCCGACAGAUCUGAGCCUGAUGGGUGAUGACAAGCCACCCGUCUCGCGGUUCGACAACCCGUUCUCACCGCCCCCUCCAGUAUUGCCUUCAGACAUCCCGAAGAAAAGUCAAGAAAUACCCAAUCUGGAUGGAGCCCUGCCUCCAGUGAGAAGGGCCGGGAUGUUGCCAAGUCUAGACUCUCUACCAGCACCACCUAGGAACAACCCAACUGAAGAUGAUGACGAUGAUGACAUUGAGGAAGAAAUUGAAGAAGAAAUUGCGAAACCUCAAAGGAGAUCUGCUGUACCAGAUUUAUGAAGAGGAAACUUCUGUACUUGAUUUGUAAAUAGAUGUAUCUUGUUGUAAUGAUUGUGAUAAAGAUCUGACAAUGCCUUGAAA